GUGCACAUUAGGCCCCGCCCCGCCCUUCCUCUCGGCCUGAGCAGAGUUUUUAAGGCCAGCUUGAAAGAGUCUCUUCACUCAGAGAGCGAACACCAGCACCAUGGCCAUGACUUUGGGUUACUGGGACAUCCGAGGGCUGGCACACGCCAUCCGCCUGCUCCUGGAGUACACAGACUCCAGCUAUGAGGAGAAGAAGUACACGAUGGGGGACGCUCCCGACUUUGACAGAAGCCAGUGGCUGAGUGAAAAAUUCAAGCUGGGCCUGGACUUCCCUAAUCUGCCCUACUUAAUUGAUGGGGCUCACAGGCUCACCCAGAGCAACGCCAUCCUUCGAUACAUUGCUCGCAAGCACAACCUCUGUGGGGAGACGGAAGAAGAGAAGAUUCGCGUGGACAUUUUGGAGAAUGAGAUCAUGGACAUUCGAAUGUACCAUAUCAGGACCUGCUACAGCCCUGACUAUGAGAAAGUGAAGCCUGAGUUUUUGAAGGUGCUUCCUGAAAAGAUGAAGCUCUUCUCGCAGUUUCUGGGGAAGAGGUCUUGGUUUGCAGGGGACAAGCUUACCUAUGUGGAUUUCCUGGCUUAUGACUUACUGGAUAUAAUGCGAAUGUUUGAGCCCAAGUGCCUGGAUGUGUUCUCAAACCUGAAAGAUUUCCUGGUCCGCUUCGAGGGCCUGAAGAAGAUCUCUGCCUACAUGAAGUCCAGCCGCUCCCUCCCCACUCCUGUGUACUCCAAGAUGGCCAUGUGGGGCAACAAGUAGGGGCUGUGAGUGCAGGAGGUGGAGCGAGGAGCACUCUGGGCCGGUUCUGCAUUCCUACACCUGUCAGCUUUGCUUCUUUUCCCUCCCUUCUCUCCCCUUCCUGCCCCGACUAGAUGCCUUCUUAGUCCCUCUUCCAGCCUUCUUCCAUCCAGCCCUCUAAGCUGCAGCUCCCACUUUUCCUCAGUGAUGUUCCUACCCUGGCCCACGCUGACCCUCCUGUAGUAAAGCCAACCAGACCGACGUUCCCCUCACCGAUGGCGCUGCUUUGAGGAGACCAACCGGACGCCUGGCCCGAGGAGCUCAGCCCUGCCUCCCACCACUGCCCUGAAGCCGAGCGUUGCUUGGGUGUGCAGGCCCUGCUCCCCAGAGUGGUUCCUGCCCAGCCCUGCCUGAUUGAUCCCCAGUAAAGCCGAAUCAC